AUGACGUACUGGGACCCUUCCAAGGGCGAGAGUGACAUGCACGGGUCCAAGUGGAAUGGCUCGCCCCAGGAGGUGGAUGCCUCCAAAUGGCACAAUUUGCCGCACAAACCGACCGUCAAAAGCGGCUCGAAGCCUUCCCCGGGCAGCUCAGCCGACGCACAGCCGGUUGAGCUGGUACCCGUGGCCUUCAGCAACCGGACCAACAUUCCGGCUUUAGAACCCAACUCCGGCUCAAAGCCUCCCACCAACAACUUUGGCGACUACGAGCAGACGAUGCUCGAGCAGCACAACGUCCACCGCCGCAACCACUCUGCCUCUGACCUGGCGUGGGACAACACUUUGGCUCAGUACGCCGAGAACAUAGCCAACAGCUGCGUCUUCCAGCAUGAUAUAAAGCAAGGCAGCGGCGGCUACGGCCAAAACCUCGCCUACGCGGGUAGCAGCGGCGGCAUUGACGGCAUCAAGGUCAAGACUGCUGCUUCCGCUGUUACCAUGCAGUGGUAUAACGGCGAGAUGGCCAAUUGGCAGUUCUAUGGCCAGGACAAGCCUCCCUCGAGUUCCUCCCUGGGGAAAUGGGGUCACUUUACCCAGGUGGUCUGGAAGGAUACUACCAAGGUUGGAUGCGCCACCGUCAAGUGCGCUGCUGGCACUGUCUCAUCCUUCGACUCUUGGUACACUGUCUGCAACUACAACCCUCAAGGCAACUUCGGCGACCAGUACGGCAGCAACGUUCUCAAGCCCGUGGGCGAGAAGAUGGUCACCGUCUAG